UGGACCUAUAUAAACCAAUCUUUAAAAACCCUAAUUUCCCUACUACCACUGCUACCUUCAACAGACGCCGAUUCUCUUUCUCUGUGAAUUAGGGAUUCUCUUCAUCUUCAGCAAACAUGGCGGAUGUGGAGGCUGAUGUGGCGGUGGCCGGAGUGCCUAAGAAGAGGACGUUUAAGAAGUUCAGCUUCAGAGGCGUCGAUUUGGAUGCUCUUCUUGAUAUGUCCACUGAUGAGCUCGUUAAGCUCUUCCCUGCCAGGGCUCGCAGAAGGUUUCAGAGAGGUUUGAAAAGAAAGCCAAUGGCAUUGAUCAAGAAGCUGCGCAAAGCUAAAAGGGAGGCACCACCAGGUGAGAAACCGGAGCCAGUUAGGACUCACCUACGAAACAUGAUCAUUGUACCCGAAAUGAUCGGGAGCAUCAUUGGAGUUUACAAUGGCAAGACCUUCAAUCAGGUUGAGAUCAAGCCAGAAAUGAUCAGCCAUUAUCUUGCUGAGUUCUCUAUAAGUUACAAGCCUGUGAAGCACGGAAGGCCUGGUAUUGGUGCUACUCACUCUUCUAGGUUCAUUCCCCUUAAGUGAAGUAUCUGCACCCCCUUUGCACUCUGGUUUCAUCUUGAUCAGAUGUUGAGAGGCUUUUAUUAAUUAUGGAUUCGUACUUCUUUUCAAGGACAUCUAUUGCUUGUUUUAUCAUUUGUAAACAAUGACAGAGUCACCGGCUUGUAGGAUUUUAUUGGAUAAGUUUUUCAUUCAGCCAAGUUUUAUUACUAUCUACAUUUGUGCCA